AUGAAAUAUGAGAAAAAAUUUUGGAAUGAUAAGAGUAGAAAAAAAAACGAAAAAACAUUGAAAGAUGAGCAUCAUAGAAGUAAUAAAAAAUACAAUAAUGAUGGAUAUAAAUCACAAAAUAGUAAAUUAAAUUCAACAAAAUCUAAUUACACAUCUUUUUCUUAUAACUUAAAAAAAAAAAAUAAUUAUGAUGAUAUGAAAAAUAAAUUGUCAGAUAAACGAAAUAAUAAAAAUGAAUUUUUACAAUCAUUUAAAAAAACGAUGAGGAAUCAAAAAUUAAAUAUGUCUGAUAACAAUUCAAAAAAUAAUAAUUCAUUUUAUAAAGAAAAAUAUAUAAGAAGCUCUGGAGAAAAAUCAAUGAAGUUUAACUUUUAUGGUAACUAUAAUAAUAGUAAUAAUAAUAAUUAUAACAGUGAUAAUUAUAAUAAUAGUAACGAUAAUAAUUAUAAUAAUAAUAGUAAUUAUUAUAGUAAUAGUAGUGAUAAUAAUAAUGACAAUAAUGUUGAUUCAAAUAAAAAAGAUAUAAAUGUUGAAUCAAGUAUCUUAAAUAAAGAUAUGUACAAUUUAAUGUAUUACCCAUCAAGCAUUGAGGAAAAUAAUUUAAAUAUGAUUAAUAUGGGUCCUGUUAAUAAUAAUGUAAAUAAUUACAAUAACCAAGAAGAAAAUAAUAUGGGUAUGGUUAUAAAUGGGGUGGUAAGUAAAUCCGAUAAUAAUUUAAGUAACGAAUAUAUUACAAAUAAAAAUGACGAACUAAUUUAUCAAAAUUACUUACAAAUGCAGAAGUAUAAUAAUGCAAAUAAUGAUUUUAAAACAAGUUUUAAUAAUUUUUAUAAUUCAUAUAAAAUAAACAACAUGAAUAAUGAUAUGAAUAUUAAAAAUAAGAAUUGUAAUAAUACAUGGCCACCAGAUAAUGAAAAUGAUAAUGUGUUAAAUAAGCUAUCAGACAUUAGAAAUAUUCCUUUUAAUAAUUCAAAUAAUGGAAACAAGAAUUUUUGUGUGAAUGAUAAAACAACUAUGAUAAUUAAUGAAUUAAAAAAAUGUUUAAAUAACAAUGAAUCAAAUGUAUACUCUGAAAAUAAUAAUAAACUGAAUGAGUUAACAAAUGAUUAUGCAGAGAAAAAUUUUGCAAAUGAAAAUAGCAAAUUUUUUUUAAAUAAUAUAGCUUCUACAAAUAAGAUAAAUAAUAAUAAAAUAUUAAAUGAAUAUAAUGAUAACAGUAAUAAUAAUUUUUUUACCUUGAAUAAUGAAAAUACAGCAUAUUUACAAAAUAAUAAAGAAAUGACAUAUAACAACAGAUACAAUUAUAUAUUGAACGAUAAUAAAUCUUUACAAGAAUCUUCCAUAUCAAAUGAAAGCAGUGUGGAAGAUGUGAAUGAUUACGAUAAUAUUGAUAAGGCUAAUUGUAAUGAAAGAAUAUUUCCAAAAAGUAAAAUUGAAGAAUCUUUAAGAGUUUUAAAUACACUACAAGUUGAUAUUGAAAGGGUAUGUUGUUAUAUAAAACAUUUUAUAGAUCCACCUGAACAAUUAUUUCAAAUUAUGACGAAUGUAUUUUUGGACAAAACAGUAACAUUAAAUUCUAAAAUUGCCAUAUUUUAUGUUUAUAACCAUUUAAUUCAAGAAUUAAGAAAUAAUUACAAAAAUGAUUUAAAUAAAUAUAAUUCAAUAUCUGAAAAGGGUCUCCAAAUAUUUGUAAUUCCUGUUUUAAGAUACAUAUUAGAUGAGAAAAUAAAUAUUGAAAUGAUUAAUAAAUUUUACAGAUGCAUUUCCAUUUGGAAUGAAAGAAAUAUUUAUAGUAAAAUCGUAUGUGAUCAGUUAAAAUCUUUACAAAAAAAUCCUCAUAAAAAAAUUGAUUUAAAAUUGAAGCAUUUAGUCAAUCAAGCACAUAGUUUAUUAUCCAAUGAAUUUUCAAAGUUUCUUCCUUUAAAUUUUAUUUUAAAAAUGCCAAGUAUUAAUAACGAGCAUAAAAAAGCAUUAGAAGAUAAAAUUUUAAAUACUUUAUUUAAUAAUUUAUCUAAGGAAACUCUAAAAAGUUUUGACAAUAAUGAUAUUGAAGAAGCAUCCAAAAUAUCAGAUAAAGUAAUGAGAAUAUUUGGACAAGAAUUAAUAUUAAUUAAUUCACAGAUGCUUGAACUAUCAUCCCUAAUAAGCGAUAACCACGAAAAUUUAAUAAAACUACAAAAUUCAAUGGAAAAGUUAAAAGAAUGA